AUGAGCCUCCAGCCUCCAGAGGAGGAAACGGCCGCCAAGAUCGGUCACAUUAAGAAAAUAGGCAGCCUCUACAGUAACGUCGUGGAGGAUCUCGAGAUCUUGGCCGACGACACGACCACGGCACAGGCCUAUGUGUAUGAAUGCGUCCCUUUCAUCGAACAAUUUUUGCAUGGUUAUGUCGACUUUCCCGCCGUACUAGCGCGAUCCAGCCGCAGCAAUUUGACCUGCAGGUGCAUGGAUAUAAUCACAAAGACUGAUUCCAGCAAGCGGCACUCUUUCGAGUGUUUGAUAUCCGGACAGCGACGAAACCUUGCGCAGCUGCCCAUCAUCGCCUAUGGCGCCGACGGUAGCUAUGAUGCCCGCGCCGCGCUGAAGUACCGCUGGCACGUGGCCAAGGUGCUCUUUUCUCCAGAGACCCUCGCGGUCCUGGAGCCGAUCCUGAUCGAUGACCCUCCGUUUCAGACGCAAUACGGUGGCCACAACGAGCGGCGCGCGACCAGCGACGCCUGGAAUCACAUCACCCUCAGCAAGCCGCUGGCCACCAUGAUGGCCGCGGGCCAGCUAGGCCUGGAGCCGCUGGAGCGCGAAGCGGGCGACGCCUUCGAACUGAUCCGCCUUCGUCUGCAGUGGCUCCUUGCGCCGGACGAGGCCAAAGACCCGCGGCGUAACGACCUUGUGCACGCUAUCGACGUGAACACCGUGAGGCGCAUGUACGGGCCACUGCGGCGGUCGGCGGCCGAGGGAGAAGAGGACAAUGACAAUCGCAGCGGCCAGCUCAUCAUCUCGGGCGACGUCUACACGGUGAGCUGCGAGACGGCUCCGCAGCGGAUGCGGGCGGCGCUCGAGGCGCGCUGGACGCUGCAGAUGGUGCAGUUUUGCGCCGGGGCAGCCGAGCCACACGUGCCACGUCCCCGCGAUAGGCUGCACGCGUCCGACAUCCGAUUCCUUUGA